AUGAAAACUGCAGACGCAAAAAAUAACAACAAAUUUUUGUCUACAAUCACUGCGAGAUUAUCAACAUUGUUUGUGUACACUUGGCUGACCGAGAAAACCUACCGAUGGAUCACAGCAUGUGCUGUUGGUAUUAUUCUGAUCGUAUCAGUAAUCACUAUUCCCUCAGUAAUUACAUCGAUAAACAAGGAAACCAACACACCAACAAUAAUCACUACGACGACUAGUCCAGCGCAAGAUUCAUGUCCAACACAAAAAGUGUUUUUUAACCUUAUCGAUUUGUCAUACACAGUAGCUCUCGACAUUAAUAACGAUAGCAAAUUAGAUUUCAUCGUUGGACGAGAGAACAAAAUGAAUUUUAUGAUUCUAUUCAAUACUGACAAUAGUACAUUCCACAAUCCUCAAUUGUAUGACCUGAAUUUCACAAUAAGUUUCUUAAUGGAGAUCAAUUUCAACAAGGAUAAUCAACUCGAUAUUUUAGCCGUUUACAUACCAACCGGCCAGCUAUAUAUUUUGAUCAACAAUGCAAAUGGCACGUUUAGUUUUUUCAUGACCAUUGAAUUGCUUUCAAUUAUCACAACAAUAAGAGUAGCUGAUAUCAACAACAAUGGCAUUGAUGACAUUGUUGCUAUAUCAAAAGAAUAUAUUAAAAUACUUAUCAACAUUGGCAACGAUACAUUCGUGAAUGUAGCACAAUUUAAGCUCGAUUUCUCAGUUCAUUUGAUCGAAGUACAUGAUAUAGAUGCGGAUGACUAUCCUGAUAUUAUUCUUAUUGAUUCUAAUCAGAAGAUGAUCGUUCUUUUCAAUAUGAACAAUGGAAGUUUCCAGCAGAUAAGAUAUUUCCUUAGUAUUGUAAACCGUCAUACCAUUAUAAUUGAUGCUAAUAAUGAUAAUAGAAAGGACAUUUUGAUGUUUGGUAAAGCUGUCAAAGAUUAUCUUCUGUCGUUUAAUACGAAUCCGAGGAGUUUCACUUAUCCAAUACUGUAUCCGAUUGAUUUGAUCUACAGUUUUUCAGUAGUAAGUGAUAUGAACGAUGACGAUAGAACGGAUAUUAUCUGGGCAAACAGUGACAAUCAUCAAAUCGGUGUCAUUUACAACGAAGAGAGUGGACAUUUCAUUAACAAAGUUUUAUUUCACAAUAUUCAAGAUCCAAGAAUAUUGUUAAUAGCUGAUAUCAAUAAUGAUCAUCGAAAAGACAUUGUGGUUUUAUGUAAAAGACAUCUUGAAAUACUAUUUAUAUCUUGCUAA